AUUAUUUUGUCAGUACAGAUUUAGCCAUUUGCUAGAUAGUGUCAUUUGCUUGAAAAAUCGACAACGAUCAAAUACUAAUAAGCUCUUUGUAGCAAAUUUUACUUAAAGUUAAAAAAAAAAACAAACAUAUAAAAAACAUAUCAUAUAUAAAAUGGUUUCAAUGAAAGUUAUUAUCCUCGUAUUCGCCAUCAUUGCUUGUGCUGUUGCCAUUCCAGCUGGUGCACCACAACCAAGACCCAUUGCUCCAGUUGCUCGUCAACAGCGCGCCAACGCCGAAUCAGAACAAUUGACUAGUGGUGCCGACGAUCAAGACUUGAAAGCAUCUUCAUCGUAUGGAUAUGGAUAUUACGGUGGUCUUGGUGGAUACAGUGGUCUCGGUGGAUACGGCGGAUACGGAGGCUAUGGCGGAUACCCAUAUGCUUACUCUUACGGUUAUCCUGGCUAUGGAUAUGGUUAUUACAGCAGCUUCCCAUACUCACGAGGAUACGGAGGAUACUAUGGAGGAUAUUAUUAAAAAUCUUCGGCCAACCAAGAAUUUUCGACGCAAAUAAAUCGACGUGGUGUUUAUAUACCAUGCCGAAUGGAUAAACUGAUUAAUUAAUUUCGCAUUUGUCUCCUUUUCAAAAUAAUUAUUUCUUUUUUGUUUGUAUUAUUUUUAACGUUUACUCUCCAAUCAACUACCUUCUUUCUAUCUCUAUUCGAUCCCCUGAUUAUAAUACUGCUUUUUUCUUACAACUACUACAAAUUCGACGAUUUUUUUUAUCGAACGACAAAACAAAAUAAGCAAACUGCCAUUUCCAAAACUAAAAAGCAAACAAAAAUAAUUCCAUUCAGUACAUCAAUUUUGAAGCGAGCACAUAUGAAUGCAAGAUAUACUAUGUUUGGUAUACGAAUGGCACAAGUGUGUGCAUGCGCAACCGAUUGUGCUGAAUGGAAUAUCUCUUUUCAAUUUUUUUUUUGUACAAUAUGAAAAACAUACAACAAUGAUCAAUAAAAUGUGUAUACCGUUUGUAAAAAACAACAAUUAAAA